AUGCUGCUAACGAAGGAACGAUCCCCGUCACCGGACUUCUCCCCGCUCGCCUUUUGCGAAGACCUCGCGCCGUUGCCGGAGUACAAGGCCGCGGGCACGAUACAGGUCGAUUUCGCGGGCCUGCUGAGCGAGCCCUUGCAGCUUCAUGAAGAUCUCGCCUCGGGAUGUGGCGGGCAAUUGUGGCCGGCGGGGAUGGUGCUAGCGAAACAUAUGCUGCGGUACCAACGGGAAAGUUUGAAGAGCGCGAGGAUACUCGAGCUUGGCGCUGGCGGCGGGGUUGUCGGGCUCUCAGUAGCGAGAGGCUGCACCGAUCUUGAGCACCCGUUGAUUCUGAGCGACAUGGUGGAGAUGGAGGCGUUGAUGCAACACAACAUCUCAUUAAACAAGCUCGAUGAGAAAGCCAAGGCGAGGGUGCUGAAUUGGGGCGAGCCACUCCCACAGGAAAUUGUCGAUUUCAAGCCUGAUGUGAUCUUAGCAGCCGACUGCGUCUACUUUGAACCCUCGUUUCCACUUCUGAUGAAGACACUGCACGAUCUCUUCGCCCUAACACCAACUGCCACUGUCUUCUUCUGCUACAAGAAAAGGCGGAAGGCGGACAACAAAUUCUUCACGGCUGCGCGGAGAGCAUUUACAGUGACUGAAAUCAAGGACGAAGAUUCGCCUGUGUUUAGCAAGAACGGUAUAUUCCUUUGCACUUUUACCCACCAAAAAUGA